UAUGACAUAUAUUAUAUAAUUUUGAAAAACAAAAAACUAAAAAACUAAAAACUAUAGUGAUGCCAAACGAACCUUUGAUGGAUUACUUUAUUAAGUGCUCCUUCAAAGUUCCCCUUAGCCGUUGCGCCCCUUCUCGCCCGUCACCACACUUCCGCAGUUCUGCUUAUCCAAAAUUAGACUAUUUUAUUUAGUCAAUGUAAUAAUCAUCAUUUGAAGUUUUAACGUUUCUUCUUUCUUCCCUCCCUCUUCUUCAACAAACAACAAACUACAUUAAUGUAUAGGAGAGAGAAAAUCUCAUCAAAACAUCAAACAAGAAGAAAAUCUUCUUCCUAAAUAUUCUCUCUCUUCAAAUCUCAUGAAUUUCUCCAUUUUACAAUGCCUCUUUCCAACAAUAAUUCAUCAUAUUCAAGCUCGUUGACAAUUGGAGAGAGAUUAUGCGCUGUUUUACUGCCAAUUAUCGCAAUCAUUGAGACGCUUGCUUUCGCUGUUUCUCAUUGCUUCGAAUUGGAUGAUUUGGAUAAUCAAAAGAAGAAGAAAUUUAAGCAAAAUCACACCGAUUUUGCUCGCCUUGCUCGUGAAUCUCUUUUUACGGUGAAUGAAAUUGAGGCAUUAUUCGAGUUAUUCAAAAAAUUGAGUAGUACAAUCAUUGAUGAUGGCUUAAUUCAUAAGGAGGAACUUCAACUAUCACUUUUCAGAAGCCAAAUUGGCAAAAAUCUUUUUGUGGACCGGGUUUUUGACCUCUUUGAUGAAAAGAGAAAUGGUGUCAUUGACUUUGAGGAAUUUAUUCACUCAUUGAAUGUAUUUCAUCCCCAUGCACCUAUUGAAGAUAAAAUUAGCUUUGCAUUUAGACUGUAUGACCUGGGACAAACUGGGUUCAUUGAACGCGAGGAAGUUAAGCAAAUGGUGAUAGCCAUUUUAUCUGAAUCAGGAUUGGAUUUAUCAGAUGAUCUUUUAGAGUCUAUCAUUGACAAGACUUUUGCUGAGGCUGAUGAAGACAGAGAUGGUAAAAUUUGCAAGGAUGAGUGGAAGACUUAUGCUCUUCGUAAUCCUAGCCUCUUGAGGAACAUGACUCUUCCUCAUCUCACGGAUGUAACCACAUGUUUUCCAAGUUUUAUUUUCAACACUGAAGUUGAAGAAUGAGUGAUGCUUCCUCAUGGGUAGUUUUGGAAAAGAUAGAAAAAAGAGCCCCAAGAAAACUAGGCAUUUAAAGUGUUGCCUGAGGUUGGAAAGUUCCCGGUAUUCAGCAGUUGGCUACUUAUCUGAUGCAAGUAUGAUUCUGGUAGUCACAAUGGCAAAGAUUCCUGCUCUAAUUGAUUUGGAAAUUGUGGGACUUUUACAGCCCGUUGGUAGGCCAGUAGCCAGUAGUUAUAUGGAGGUAAUGAUAAACUAUAUACAAGUAUGAUUUUGGAAAGAAAGCCUCAUGUCAUUGUCAAAUGUAAUGUUUGUCCACCUCCAUAUAUAUAUUUGCUUUGUAAAUUUCCAUCACCUAUCAUUCUCACUUCUAAGGCAGUGUGUUGAGUUACAAAUCUUACAAUAGAAUCUAUGAAGAAAAAUACAUGAUGGAUUCCA